GCAUUUGCAACGGAUCUCUUUCAAACAAUACCGCCUCAAUAACUUUCGAAAAACCUCUCUUUCUCAGAGACUGCAAGUUAAUCUGCAAACCCUAAUCCCAGUCAAUUCUCACAUCUCAACGAAAUUACAUGUCCACUCCACUCGACCCUGAAGAAAUGAUCAAUUUUUUAUUGUCCCAACUAGUCUAAAGUGAAAAAUCUUAUGAUUUUUUCCCAAAUUUCUUAUUGACUAUUGCUAAACAACUUUACUGUUCUGUAAUUCCACUCCUCAUCAUCUUUUUGACCUUUUAAGAGCAAGAGUUGUUUUUCUGAUCCCUGCAAUUGAAAGCAAUGGUGCCUUAACUUCCAUUGCAAUAAACCCACGGGCCCACCACCUACUUUUGAAAACCUCCCCUCUCCAUCUCCAUCUCUCUCCACCUCUGCAUACACGCGCAUUCAUAUGGCUUCGAAGAACCAGAACAAGCCUCCUUCAACUCCUUCUCAAGUGAGUUUCAAUUUCUUCAAAUUUCCCGGUUUAGCUACUUUUACUAAUAUGUCAGUUUAGAGAAGUUGCACUUUGUCAGAGCAAGUUUAGAAGGAUUGGAAAUACAAAAAUGCCACCUAAUGCUGGAACGAGGGCACAAGCCCGGCAGGCACUCACAGUUGUAAAUGGGAGUCAAGAUCUGCCUCCGACUAGUGGGCCACCCAGCAAUUCUGAUUCUCACUUUGGCGGUGUCAUUGAAUUCACCAAAGAGGAUGUGGAGGCAUUGAUAAAUGAGAAGCUCAGAGUUAAGAACAGAUUUAACUACAAGGAAAAAGGUGCCCAAAUGACAGAUUACAUUAAAAGGCUAAAACAAUGCAUCAAGUGGUUUCAACAGCUUGAAGGAAAUUACGUUACAGAACAGGCGAAUUUUAAGUGUUUGUUGGAAUCAGCAGAAAAGAAGUGCAAUGAUAUUGAGUCGAUGAUGAAGGCAAAGGAGGACGAGCUGAAUACAAUUAUUAUGGAAUUGAGAAAAAAUCUGGAGGCACUGCAAGAAAGAUUCACAAAAGAGGAAGUGGAUAAAUUGGAAGCAUUGGACUCGUUGAGUAGAGAGAAAGAAUACAGACUAGCAGCUGAUAGAAUGCAGGUUUCCCUUUCUGAAGAGCUAAAGAGAUCUCAGCAAGAUAACGCUAGUACCAACCAGAAGAUACAAUCGCUUAAUGACAUGUACAAGCGAUUGCAAGAGUACAACACUAGUCUGCAACAAUACAAUAGUAGACUUCAGUCAGAACUUCAGACAACAAAUGAGACGCUCAAACGUGUUGAGCAAGAAAAGGCAGCUGUGGUCGAGAACCUAAGCUCUCUGAGGGGCCACUAUACUUCUUUGCAAGAUCAGCUUAAUUCUUCGCGUGCUUCACAAGAUGAGGCCAUCAAACAGAAGGAAUCAAUUGGAAACGAGGUUCAAUGUCUGAGAGGUGAUUUGCAACAAGUAAGAGAUGAUCGUGAUCGGCAUUUGCAGCAGGUUCAGAUUUUAUCAGCUGAAGUGGCGAAAUACAAGGAAUGUACUGGAAAAUCCAUUGCCGCGUUGGACAGCUUGACUACUAAAACGAAUUCAUUGGAGUCAACAUGCUUUUCUCAAAGUGAGCAAAUAAGGCAAUUGCAAGAGCAGCUUGCUUCUGCUGAUAGGAAAUUGCAGCUGUCUGAUGUGUCGGCAAUGGCCACGAGAACUGAAUUCGAGGAGCAAAGUGCAUUGAUUCUGGAAUUGAAAAAUCGGCUGGCUGAUGCUGAUCUAAAGAUCGUAGAAGGAGAGAAACUACGAAAGAAAUUGCAUAACACUAUCUUGGAAUUAAAGGGGAAUAUCCGUGUAUUUUGUCGAGUUCGGCCUCUUUUGUCUGAUGAUGGAGUUGGACCUGAUGCUAAAGUUGUUUCGUUCCCAAUGUCAAUGGAAGAGCUGGGCCGAGGCAUUGAUUUGUCACACAAUGGCCAAAAGCAUUCUUUCACUUUCGAUAAAGUGUUUAUGCCUGAGAACUCUCAAGAAGAUGUCUUUGUGGAGAUAUCACAGCUUGUACAGAGUGCCCUUGAUGGGUAUAAGGUCUGUAUCUUUGCUUACGGACAAACGGGUUCCGGCAAGACAUACACAAUGAUGGGAAAGCCUAUGCCAUCCGAUCAGAAGGGUCUGAUCCCACGAUCCCUCGAGCAAGUAUUUGAGACGAAGCAAAUUCUAGAAGCCCAAGGGUGGAAGUACGAAAUGCAGGUGUCCAUGCUUGAAAUUUACAAUGAAACUAUACGGGACCUGUUAGCACCAAACAAAUCAAUCUUUGAUGCGUCACGUACAGAUAAUUCUGUAAGGCAAUAUGCCAUUAAGCACGAUGCAAAUGGCAACACGCUUGUUUCUGAUCUUACAAUUAUGGAUGUCAGAUGUAGUAAGCAGGUUUCUUAUCUUUUGGAGAGGGCAGCACAGAGCAGGUCUGUCGGCAAAACUCAAAUGAAUGAACAAUCGUCGAGGAGCCAUUUUGUGUUCACUUUACGAAUAAUGGGUGUGAAUGAGAGCACUGAUCAACAGGUCCAAGGAGUGCUUAAUCUAAUCGACCUUGCUGGCAGUGAACGUCUCUCCAAGAGUGGAUCUACUGGUGAUCGACUAAAAGAAACUCAGGCAAUCAAUAAGAGUUUAUCAUCAUUAAGUGACGUCAUAUUCUCCCUAGCAAAGAAAGAGGAGCACGUGCCGUUUAGGAACUCGAAGCUGACAUAUCUUCUCCAGCCUUGCUUAGGUGGAGACUCGAAAACAUUGAUGUUCGUCAAUGUUUCACCCGAUCCUUCAUCCGUGGGCGAAUCACUUUGUUCACUACGGUUUGCAUCGAGAGUGAAUGCUUGUGAAAUCGGAGUCCCAAGGCGUCAAACAAAUCUAAGAUCCUCGGAUUCUCGUUUCAGUAUAGGUUAAUAUUUUUUGGAUGAAAUUGGAAACAUUUUAUAGAUAUUAGGGAAGUGUGUAUCUGUAUCCUAAUGGCAUGUCACUCAGAUUUCAAAGUGAGAUGAAAAAAGUAACAAUCUAACUGGAGUUUCUCUCUCUCUUCUUCUUUUUUUUUUUUUUUUUU